AGCACCAGCAGCGACCUCGGCAUAUGCAGUUGACGAGGAGGGCUGCUGAUCCUUCUGGAGCUGACGACACCUCCUUCCUCUCACCCUUAGCCUCCCGCAGCGGAGGAGGCUCCGAUGAUUGCAGCGACCUCGUCCGGGUUCAGCGCCGAUCCAAAUUUUCUGUCAGCGUGGCAAGCACCCUAGGGAAAUUAACAAUCGCUCAAGGUUCUAACACAAGAAAGCAUUUAUGCACUGUAUGUCUACCUUCUGUUUGGGGAUUAUAAUAGUAACAUCAUAAUAUGUUCCUCCAAGGGAGUUAAAUAAAGCAAUUUCUUCUCAAAUUCAUUGCUAAGGAGGUAUAAAUAUUACCCUAAAAUUGCACCAAAAAAGUGAUCAAGCUCAUCACUAAUUUGACCACUCAAUCCAAUAGUUAGCCUCAGCACAACAAACACUCACCAAGGGUCAACGUCCCUAGUCGUACGAACUUGCAGCGUUAACAUAAAUAGUCAUUUCAAACAUACUUUUCGAACCAUAAGCUGUGAGCUGCCACAGGAAUACCAACACAGACGUGGACUACUUUCAACAGCCAGGCAACAGACCCGACGUUGCAGGCGGAUGACAGGGUAAACCCUAGGGGAACAAACGAGGCGUGAAGGGAGGGGGAUGAGAGGGUCGAACCUCGCGGCUGGAGGAGGAGAGCGCGGCGGAGGCAGAGGGGGAGGCGACGGUCCUGUCCAAGCCGUCGUCAUCGUCCCCGGCGCGGGGGACCGAGCCCCCGCCGCCACCGCCGGAGACGGGGGAUGAGGAGCUCCCUAUCGUGGUCGCGGGGCCUUGUCAUCGCCCAUCAUCGAGGGCUCAGGCUCCACGCGCUGUGACGGCGACGAUGUCGCCCUUCCCUGUCUCGUACCCUCCCAGAUCGGAGCCCGAAGCAGCCGCUCCCGCCUCCAUGAUAUCGCGCCUGAGCGGCGCCUCUUCGCAGCUCGACGCCGCCACCACCGCUCCUUUCGCCUCUUCGCAGGUCGACGCCGCCACCGCCGCUCUUCUCGUGCCGCCGCCGACGCCGCAUCCACCGCUCCCCGCCUCGAUCCAACCGACCCCGCAUCGGCCACUCCCCCAUCUCGAGCCAACAGCCGCCAUGGAGCCAUGGAUCCUACGCGGGAGGAGGAGAAACGCGAAGGGGAGGAGGCGGCACGGUGGUGGUGGCGAGCAUGGAGAAGGGGACGCGGGGCUCGAGGAGAGGAGGGACGAGGGAUUGGGCUAGGGUUUUCACCGCACGACGUGGGGCUCGAGGAGAGGAGGGACGAGGGAGUGGGCUUUUCACCGCGCACAGCACACGAUCCACCUUUUUUCACCCAAACUCAAUCAGCAACGAACACUGCAACGUGGACCCACCCAGAUGGCUGCCCCAGGCGUCAUCCACCCAACUGGAAAGGCACGACGUGAAGUAAAACAGACGGUGGGAUGUUUGACAGCCAGUUGAAAAGGACCAAAAACUUUACACGGAGGUAAAACAGACGAGUCAGAUCAUUGCACGCGAGGGAUGGCGCUGGAUGGGCGGGUACUCUAGCAGCUUUUAUAUGUUAGACUUCACUGGACACUCGCAAACAACCUUUGCCAAGUGUAAAAUCUGGUGAAAGAAUGACACUCAGCAAACAGGUAUAUUGCCGGGUGUCAAAUAGAAAACACUCAACAAAGCAGUUUUUUUAUUAGACACUCGGCAAACAAUUAGAAUACAAUAAAGUGCAUAUGUUUAUUUGAAUUUAGAUUUGGAUUUGGAUUUUGAAGAACAAAAUCUUCAAAUAUUAUUCGAUAAAUAGCAAGAAAUGCAAUUCAUAUCUUAAAAUUAGCAAUCGGUUCCAAAAAAUGCCAACAUUUGGCAUUAAUAACACAAAGUAAUGUGUUCCAUGUUUGGAAAUUAGGGACGUUUUAGAUAAUUAUUUUGCUAUGUAGAAGCAAUUAAUAUCAUUUAUAUCAUUUAACGGAUUUAAUUUGAAUUUUAACUGCAAGUGUAUGAAAAAGUUAGCAAAAACGGGUUAAAAACUACUUGUGUUCUUGAGUCAGUGUUUAGGCCUUAUAUAUACAAGAAAAGAAGAGGAAUUGUGAACAUGAGGGUGUCAAGACUCAACCUGACCAUGGAGCGGUGGCGGAGGACGAAAAUAAUUUGAGGUAGGCGGACUGUAAAGCAUACAAAAGUUUAAUGGAAUCUAGACUGAAGGUUGGGGGAAAAUCAUGAUGAGUUGGACAAAUUCAGAACAUGAAGAUAUAGAAAAUAUAAAAAUCCAUAUAUUACCUUUUGCCUUUGAAAACAUCUUCCCCUUCUUGUCCAUGAACAACAACAAGCUGCAUUGGAGCUUAUAGGUUUUGAAACCUGAAAAUGCAAAUGAUGUCUAAAACCCAUGAAACAAGGCAUGGCGUCAUGAUAUGGUCCUUAGAGGUUGUGAUGAAAUCUUAAUAAGAAGGUUUCGAAGUUGUGUCAUACACUGCUCGAAAACUGAAGCACCUCCAAUGAAGAAUCGAUGUUUCGAGAGGUUACGAGUCAGGUUUGAAGGCAAAGUGUGAGUUUCUUCAUCGUUUGACCUUGAUUUUUUUACACUCAACAUACACCAUCGCAUGUUUCACGUACAAAUUUGGCAUUUUUCAGCCUCGUUUGCUAUAUUUAAGUCAUUAAGUGCACUUCAGGCAUUAAACAGAUAUAGUUCAAAUUUGAACUGGAAGUGCAUUAGAAAGUUGACAAAAUUUGGUUAAAAAAAUCCUAAUUUUGUUCUUGAGUCUAUGUUUAGCCCUUAUUCAAGAAAAUCAAAGGAGUUGAAAACAUCAGGAUGCUAAGACUCGACCACGAACAUAGAGGUUACUUGUUUUCUAAUUCUAUAAAAGACAAGGCAAACGAAGUAUGAAAAACAUGAAACCUACAAAUGAUGUCAUAAUAUGAUAUCCAUAUGUCGUGGUGAAGAUUUGAUCGGUUCUUGCAAAAAUUGUGAUGUAUACUGCUUGAAACCGAAACAUCUCCAAGGAAGAAUCAUGGUUUCAAUAAGGAACAUGUCAGGUUUGAAGGUGAAGCAGUCACUGCUUCAUCCAUUGGCCUUUAGUGUUUUGUACACUUAAGAUACACCACCAGAAGUUCUAUGUCCAAAUUCGGCAUUUUUUGUUGUUCAUUUGUUGUUUCACGCAUUUCUAGGCAUUUAGUGAAUACAAUUAAAAUUCGAACUGCAAUUGCAUGAAUUUUUAUGACAAAUUAGGUUGAAAAUAAUAAUUGUAUUCUUGAGUAUAUGUUUUGGUCAUAUCUAAGAAAAAUAGGGGAAGUUCCAACAUCAGGGUGACAUGACUUGACCUUGAACAUGAAGCUUAUUGGUUUUUCAAUUCUAGAAAAUACAAAUGAAGUCUGAAAAGUACACACUCUAGAAGGGGUGUCAUAAGAUACCUAGAUGUUGUGGUAAAAUUUUCCGAAGUUUUCGCAAAAAUUGUGACGUACAUUGCUUAAAAACUGGACCAUCUUCGAGGAAAAUAAAUCUAAUUUUCGAGAUGGAAAUGUCAGGUUUCAAGGAGAAAUGAUUAUUGCUUGAUCGAGUAGCCCUGAAAAAAAACAUAACAUACACCACUAUAUUUAAGUCAUUUAAUGCAUUUCUAGUUAUUAAUGGAUAUAAUUAAAAUUUGAGCUGCAAGUACAUGAAAAAGUUGGAAAGAUUGGGUUGAAAAAACUUAUUUGUGUUAUUGAGUCUAUGUUGAGGCCUUAUCAAAGAAAAAGGAGGUAUUUCAAACAUCAAGGUGUCAACACUCGACCCGGAACAUGGAACCUAUUGGUUUUUUAAUUUUGAAAAAUGCAAACGAAGUCUGAAAAAUGUGAAACUUGGUAUUGUGGAUAUGCACCUGUAGAUUGUGGUAAAAUUUGAGAAGGUUUCUCUAAAAUUUUGACAUAAACUGCUUAGAAAUCACACCAUCUUGGAGGAACAAUCGUGGUUUUGAGAUGGUACGGCCAUGUCUGAACUGAAGCAACCACGGCUUCAUCGGUUGGCCUUGAAAAAAAAUUAUACACUCACGAUAGAGCAUUGCAUGACAUAUGUCAAGAUAUGGCAUUUUUGGGUCCUUUGCUAUAUUUAAGUAUUUAGUGCAUUUCUUGGUGUUUAGUUAAUCUAAUUUAAAAAAUAACUGCAAGUGCAUGAAAAGUUUUUAGGGGAAAAUUCUUUACUCUAUGUUUGUAUCUUAUCCAAAAAGAUAAGAGAAGUGAGAAAUUAAAAGAAAGGGAAAGAAAGGAUAAAUGUUUGCCGAGUAUUCUGAAAAAGGGAUCAAGACUAGUCAGCAUAGCCCUCCGAUGGAUCACAUGUUGUGGUCGUUGGAUUCACUUAGAUCGGAUGGCUUGAGGUGGGACACCUUCACUCUAUCACCACUACUCUGGCUGGACUCCACCGCCCACAUCUCCUCCUCAUCUUCCUCCCCAACCGAGGUGCCACUUCUCCUCCUCUUCCCCAACUGAGCCGCCCCUUCUCCUUUUCCCCAACAAGCAAUAGCUAGCAGGCAUCAGCAACACAUAGCGGCAAGCGAUAGCACACAACAACAAGCAUCAACACGAAGCGGCGCGUCCCGCCAUUGUCCUAGUGUAUGCGACCGUCGUUGCACAUCCGGUCGUUUACCCCGCAACUCCGUUAAAUUGUUUUGUCGAGUGUAGCACUCAACAAGGCCUUUGACUUUGUCCAGUGUUACACACAGCUAACCGUUGGGGGCAUCUGAUAUUUAUUUUCCACUGAGUUUGAAUCUUUGCCGAGUAUCUCUAAAAAAACUUUGUAUAAAGCUAAGACAUUUAUUUUGAGACAGAGGGAAUAUAUAGUAUUUUAUAAUAAGCUUCGUCGGCGUCGCCCGCCAUUUUGUAGUUCCCUGAAGAUCAUGCGUGUGUUUGUCGUUGUGAAGAAAAAGAAACGGGGAAAAGGUAGCGCUCAUACAAAUACGCAUACACUCAUCUCUAUGAAUGCAUGUGCGCACACCCUACCCCAAUGAGCAUCUCUGAGAAAACGUCUCCUCCCACCGAAAGCGUAUUGUCGGAAAUUCUAAAAUAAAUCCAGGAUAAAUGUGAGCACCAGGAUUUGAAUCCUGGUGGGUUGAGGAUAUCACUAUUCACAUAAUCAUCUUAACCACAGAAUGAUUCGCGUUUCCGUGUUGAGUUGGAUGACCAAAAUUGAGCUAACGAGAUGUACCGUGUACGUAUCUUUUCUUUUUUGGAUGAAAAUGUAACAGAGAUGUACGUAUCCUUGAUCGUCCAUUUCGAAAAAAAAACGUAUCCUUGAUCGUGCAACGUAAAGCACCUUGGGAGGUCUGGCAACUGCUUCCCUUCCGAUAGGGAUACGGUUAAGGAAACCGAAAAGGCCACUGCGUGCCUUCAAAGAUCGACUGGAACGUUCCAGAGCACGACUCGGAGUUCUUUUGGGCACUCCUGGCCGAUCUUUAUAAGCCACAGAAGGAUGCCCUCGGGGCCUCGUCGACAAAUCACCCACGCACGACGCAAGCACCAACACGAGAUUCACACACUCCCAUAAUACGCAAACGCGAGACGAUCGAUCAGCGGCGAUUCAUGGCGCACGGGCAGGAGUCUUCGACGCAGGCCGCCGCCGGUGGCGCCGCGCCACUGUGCGCGAACGGCUGCGGGUUCUACGGGAGCGAGGCGAGCAAGAACAUGUGCUCAAAGUGCUACCGCGACCACCUCAAGGCCGGAGAUGUGGCUGCCCCUGCCGUUGAGGGGAAGCUCACGUUCGACGACCUCAUCCUCGCUUUCAAGAAGUCGAUGAGCCUGCAGGACUCUACCGCGGCACCGGCGGCGGAGGCGGCAGCGAAGAAGUCGGCGCCAAACAGGUGCAUGGCGUGCAAGAAGAAGGUCGGGCUGCUGGGAUUCGCGUGCCGCUGCGGUGGCACCUUCUGCUCGCUGCACCGCUACGUGGACGGGCACGCAUGCAGUUUCGACUACAAGAAGGUCGGCCGGGAGCAGAUCGCGCAGCAGAACCCUCUCGUCGCGCCGUCCAAGCUCCACAACAAGAUUUGAAGACAGGAGGAGUUGAAAAACAUGUGUACAGUUUUAGUUUACUCAUUGCCUUUAGUGUCUCUCCUACUUGAUCUUUCAAGCACUAGCUCCAUAAGUUGAAGAGGAUUGACCUCGAUCUUACUUGUUCAUAGUGACCUAUUACUGUGUACCAUCUUGUUAUUCCAUUAGUCAUCCAUGUAUAUGUCUUGUUCCUUUUUUUCGACUGAGUCCAAAUGAAUCAUAUCCUCUUUUAUUUGUUUGUAUUGCCAAUUCGGCAUACAAGGUGGCUAUCAUA